AAAAAAAGUCUCUUGGGAUUGAUCCCAGCGCUGGCAGCCGGAUUGUUUCCUCCUGGAAAGUGAAGCUGCGGGAUCGACGACGACGUCCCGGCGAGAUAAAACCUGCGUGGCCAUGGCAGAGCCCAGCUCCUGCUCCACCCGGGGCUCCCAUCCCGUAGGAAACAGGGAAAUGCCGUUGGCUUGACGGGGGAAUAUUGUUUUUUAACCAGGGUGCUGGGAUCUGGAGCCGGGGGGGGACGACGGGGAAGGGGGUCAACUUGGACAUCGGGCCCUCGGCCUCACUUCAGAGGGGGUUUUUAAUUCCCCAGGAUUUUUUUCUUUAUUUCCCUGAGAAUCCGGCCAAGCGGUGCCCACGGUCUCGCCGUGGGAUUGGUUUUUUUUGGCUGUGGGGGUUGCAUUCUGCUGUGACCCCCCCUCUUUCCCUACUCUACCUCCUUUUCCACCCCCCCCCGCCUCCCUCCCUCCCGCCGGAGACCGGCCAUGGCGUUGAAAGCCAGAGCUCUUUACAACUUCCAAAGUGAAAACAAAGAGGAGAUCAGCAUCCAGGAGAACGAGGAGCUCGUCAUCUUCAGCGAGAACUCCCUGGACGGGUGGUUACAGGGUCAAAACAGCCGUGGGGAGACCGGCCUCUUCCCUGCCUCCUACGUCGAGAUCCUCCGCUCCCGCUCGGGCUCCAACUACACGGACUAUUCCAGCAGCCCGGCCGGCUCCCCCGGCCAUGACUCCUCCUUCUACACAACCUCUUCCAACCCCGGCAUCUCCUACCAGGGCAGUUUUGAGGAUGAUGAUGAUGAUGAUUGGGAUGACUGGGAUGAUGCUUGUACGGUGGUGGAGGAGCCCCGGAGCGUGCCGGGCACCAACGGGCACCCUUCGCCCAGCCUGCAGUACCCGGCGGCCUAUGGCCACCACGAGCACGCCGGUUACCGUCCCAAACCGGCGCUGGAGAGGCAGGACAGCAUGAGCUCCUCCAAGAGGGGCAGCGUGGUGGGGAGGAACCUCAACCGCUUCUCCUGCUUCGUCCGUUCGGGGGUGGAAGCCUUCAUCCUGGGUGACGUGCCCUUGAUGUCCAAGAUCGCUGAGGCAUACUGCAUCGAGAUGGGCUCCAAAGGUCCCCAGUGGAGGGCCAACCCCCACCCCUUCAUCUGCUCCGUGGAGGACCCGACCAAGCAAACCAAGUUCAAGGGCAUCAAGAGCUACAUCUCCUACAAGCUGACCCCCAGCAACAUCAACUCGCCCGUCUACCGGCGGUACAAGCACUUUGACUGGCUCUACAACCGCCUCCUGCACAAGUUCACCGUCAUCUCGGUGCCCCACCUGCCCGAGAAGCAGGCCACCGGGCGCUUCGAGGAGGACUUCAUCGAGAAGCGCAAGCGGCGGCUGAUCCUCUGGAUGGACCAUAUGACCAGCCACCCCGUCCUCUCCCAGUACGAGGGCUUUCAGCACUUCCUCUGCUGCCGCGACGAGAAGCAGUGGAAGCUGGGCAAACGCCGGGCGGAGAAGGACGAGAUGGUGGGCGCCAGCUUCCUCCUCACCAUCCAGAUCCCCACGGAGCACCAGGACCUGCAGGAUGUGGAGGACCGCGUGGAUGCCUUCAAGGCCUUCAGCAAGAAGAUGGACGACAGCGUCCUGCAGCUGACCAACGUGGCCUCGGAGCUGGUGCGCAAGCACGUGGGGGGCUUCCGGAAGGAAUUCCAGAAGCUGGGCAACGCUUUCCAAGCCAUCAGCCAGUCCUUCCACAUGGACCCCCCGUACAGCUUGGACGCCCUCAACAACGCCAUCUCCCACACGGGCAAGACGUACGAGACCGUGGGGGAGAUGUUUGCCGAGCAGCCCAAGAACGACCUGUUCCUCAUGCUGGACACUCUCUCUUUGUACCAAGGGCUCCUCUCCAACUUCCCAGACAUCAUCCACCUCCAGAAAGGCGCCUUCGCCAAGGUGAAGGAGAGCCAGCGGAUGAGCGACGAGGGCCGGAUGGACCAGGAGGAGGCGGACGGCAUCCGGAAGCGCUGCCGGGUGGUGGGCUUCGCCCUGCAAGCCGAGAUGAACCACUUCCACGAGCGGCGCGUGGCCGACUUCAAGAGGAUGAUGCAGUCCUACCUGAGGCAGCAGAUCGUCUUCUACCAGCGGGUCAGCCAGCAGCUGGAGAAGACGUUGCGCAUGUACGACAACCUCUAACGCCGCCCGCUUGCUGCCCCCACCGAAACCACGCACUUCUCUAUCCGCAGCCUUGCAGGCCUCCCCUGUUUGCGACGGGCUGAGAACGAACAGGAACUCAUCACGCUAGUGACCAAAUACCUUCGGGCUUUCUUCCCCCUUCCUGGGUGGGCAGGCUGUGGUCCUGCAAGGGAAGGGUUGGCCCACGGGCUGGCCGUGCCACCUCUUUCCCUGGGGACCUCCCACCCUGCUGCGGGUCUGGCGGGGACACGGCGGGGGGUCACAAGAGAGACAGACGUGGAGGUAACGGUGCCAGCAUCUCUGCCCAGUGAUUUUUAGCUUUCUGAAAACCCACCCUCCUGGAGCAGAGAGGUGGGUCCAUCCCAGCCCGCUGGGAGAAGAAAUCAAAGCGGUCAAACAUUUUGCACACUAAAAGCUUUUCUGAUGGAAAAAAAAAAGAAAGAGAAGAAAAAAGAUCUUUUAUUUGGAAGAGAAUGAUUUCAAUAUUUUCCAUUUUUCGCAAAGGUUUCUGCAGCAUUUUUACCAAUCAGUUUUUAAAUAGACGCACAGAGGCGAGGGGAAAUCUCUUUCUCAAGCGUGGCUGUUGACUGGGAAAAGGGAGAGGAAAAAAAAAA